UCCAAGCUGGGAAAGUGAGUGUGUUUCGUUCGCGAUUUGGAAUGGCCAUGUUGACCUAAACUAAAGUGUCCUAUUAACGCCGAAAAUCCGUCUCGCAGUAGGCCUAUAAGGCAUACCUGGCUCUACAACGAUGGGCAACACAGCCAGCGAAAGAGUCCACGGAUGGGGACAUCAUCAUGGUCACCGGCGCGAUGGCGCAAAGGCGAAAGAGGAACGAUCCGAUCCGAUUCUGAUGGACAGCAGCGAGGAUGCAGAUUUGUUCCAUGCAGAUGACCCCAAGGGUUGUGAGGCACACGAGUUUCUGGCUUGGCAAGAAGAUCUGGAGUCAGACAUCAAAAGUCCAGUACAGAAUCGGCCCACAAUGUUCCGAUGGACUGGCGGGGGAAGGGAAGUGUUCCUUUCAGGGUCUUUCAACAACUGGACCACCAAGAUCCCUCUCUCUCGCAGUCAGAGUAAUUUUGUAGCAGUUCUUGAUCUACCAGAGGGAGAGCACCAGUACAAAUACUAUGUGGAUGGCCAGUGGACCCUGGACCCCACAGAGCCUAUGACUGUUGGCAAAACAGGCACAGUAAACAAUGUGAUCAGAGUGAAGCAGACUGACUUUGAAGUGUUCGAUGCCCUCAAAACGGACUCAGAAAAGACUGCUGAUAUCUCAGACUUGUCCAGCUCUCCUCCUGGUCCUUACCACCAGCAUCCUUACUCUGUGCAGCUAGACGAGAGGAUGAAGUCUCCCCCUAUCCUUCCACCUCACCUGCUGCAAGUUCUCCUCAAUAAGGACACUGGUGUUGCUUGUGACCCAGCCCUGCUUCCGGAGCCGAACCACGUGAUGCUUAAUCAUCUGUACGCACUCUCCAUCAAGGAUGGUGUAAUGGUUCUCAGUGCAACUCACCGUUACAAGAAGAAGUAUGUGACUACAUUACUGUAUAAGCCCAUAUAGCAGUGCCACCUGCUAUGCAAGUGAGUGUAUGCCAAAGGAGUGGGUGGGCAAUGGGCAUAUGGUACAGUGACGCAGCUUGCAUAUGACAGUAGCAAGACAGUAAACAUUGGCAGACACUGUUUCCUACAAAUUCUCUACAGGAAACAAGUGAUUCCUGCUAAGCGUAUAUCCCUCCAAUGUAGUAUUUUGAAGAAUGCUGCAAUCUGUCCAGGUUUUGAACGUUAUUGUUUCUUGUUAUGCACUUAGACUGAGACACAUUUCAAUGUUUGGUGCCAGGACCUGGCAAGGAUGGAUUAGUCUAUCCACAGUAUGUUAUCUAAAAUGUCUGUAUUAUAAAAAAAUUGGCAUACAUUUCAGCUAUGGAUGCAAGUGCAGUUUGAUCUGUAACUAUGUAGCACUUUCUUGCCAACAUACAGCAGAAUAGGUGACUGAGUGGGGCAGCUGUGGCUCAGUGGUUAGAGCACUGGGUUGGCAACCCAAGGGUUCCCGGUUCAAUGCCCGACCGGACCACGGCUGAAUUGCCCUUGAGCAAGGCACCUAACCCCCACACUGCUCCCCGGGCGCCACUCAGCAGGCAGCCCGGACUAGUGUGUGUACUCCAGUGUGAUUCACUCAUCCAAAUGGAAUAAAGUGUAGAGAAACAAUUUCCCCUAGGGUACCAAAAUUGGCUCCAAUUGGCUUCCUUGAAAGAACAAUCUAAUCUAGCCACCAAAGAUACAAUGUCACUGAUGAAGCUUCACUAUAUUCCAUACCAUUGGUUUCAUAAAGGCACCACACACACACCUAAAAAGCCUGACCUAUCAUGUAGACUACUUGAUUUUAACUGAUGUUGACUUUCAAUAAUGAGCUAUAAUAAUAGCACGAGACAAUCUAUUUUUAACAUUGUAUUGUAAUCUGAACGUAUUCUAGAUGUUUUCUGAUUUAGUGCUAAUAAAACAAAGUUCUCUCUCAAUGAUAUAUGUUUGACAGGAAUACUCAUUCUUGUAGGAAAUGUGAAAAGGGGAGGAGGGCAUUCUAUACCCAGACAGCAGCAUUACAACAUUAAAAGUAUUCAAAUAAUCACAUCCAUUUUUAUUAUUCCGUUUAGGUCUUGUAAUCAUAUCUCAAAAUAUUUGUGAAUAAAUAGCAUCAAGGUAUUUCAAGAUGCACAAUAUUUGGUCACUAGAGACUCAGACGACGAUGUGGCAACCCGUUGAAAUGCUAGUCCUUGGCACAUAACUUAAUAAAGUCUUCAUGUCUGAGCUGUUCCAGUGAACUUUUCUUCUU